GACGAGAGGAGAGGAGUAUAAACUUUUGAACACGCCUCUGCGGGCGCUCACAUGGCACAGCACCUACACCAAGUCCCCGUUGAGACUCGAGGAAGCGGAAGACACACCACACACGGCGCACGUUAGGAGGCACCCCCCUCCAGCCCGCCACGUAGCACACAAACCUUAAAACUGUUCAAAACAAUGCACGUUGGUUUAACCGCGCAACUGUGCGAAACCAACACUUCCUGCGCAAGUUAUCAUCGUCCCCUCCAUUUUCGAGGUCCUCUUCUCUCUCUACUCUCUCUCCUCCAUCACAGAACCAGUAUCCGUAGUCGGAGCUAGAUUUUCUCUGCAAUAAUGGAGGGUUUUGAUUUAAAGUUUUCAGGCUUCAACCGACGUAUUAGUGUAUCAAUUUGACAUUGGGUGUUAUAUUUCAUGAUAUUUAAAUUAGAUGUAUUCUCUGUACCCUGUUCGACAAUAUAUUUCUGGGUUUGGUGUAAAGUUGGUUUGAACGUUGUUAUAAUACUGCACUUGUAGUGGCAUCUCUACCUUAUCUGGAAAUGACCAUUGCUGGUUCUUUUUUACUCUCCCGUGAAUUGGGAAUUCACAGUGCUUGUGGAUACAAUUAUCAACCUAAGGGUAUGGUAGGCAAGGGAAGCUUACAUUUGUUCAGUGUCACUCUUUCAUCACACGCUAUGGUAUUCUUGUCUUUUAAUUCUGUGUCUCCUCUUAAAAAUGUUGCCAGUGUGUGUAUAAUGUAUAUAUGCCACUUUAUUGCACUCUUAGAAUCUUAGAACUGCAUAGCUGUAAAUGUUCUAUACUAAUACUGCAGGGUAUCUUGUUAUGGCGUUUUGUCUUCAUAGCUUUUCAGGAUAGAUUGUGUGCUCUAAUACUGCAAGUGAAAGUUUUGUGAGAUCUGAGUUUCUGGUGUAUUACAUUCUAAAACUUGGUGGGUAUAAUAUCAUGUGGCUGUGCAUUUGAAGUAUGCAAGUUUGAAUUAAACAGCGACAGGAUGCUUGGUGUCACCGUCUUUUAUACAAUCUCAGUGAACCAAAAAGUUCUCUAUCAUCCAGAUGUAAUGUUUUCCAGUGCCGAUCCUUUCUAGUUCCAAGUGAAGGCAUUGGAAUUCCUGUUCUGAAAACUGCUGCCACACUGACAAGGUCAUAUAAUGCUUUUCAUGGAAGCCCAAUUGUACUUCAGUUGGUUCCAGCAGUUGGUAUCAUUGCCUUUGCUGGGUGGGGUCUUGGGCCACUGAUGCGUAUGAGCAGGAUUAUUUUCCUUCAUAAGAGUGACAGUAGUUGGAAAAAAAGUAGCUCACACUAUCUGAUGACCUCAUAUCUCCAACCUCUGCUUCUAUGGACUGGAACAACACUUACCUGCAGGGUGUUGGAUUCAAUAAUUUUACCUGCAGAAGCAAGCCAAGCUGUCAAGCAACGACUUUUGGAUUUUAUUCGAUCAUUAUCUACAGUGCUGGCCUUUGCAUACUGUUUAUCAAGCUUGAUUCGACAAACACAAAAAUUCUUUAUGGAGACAAAUGACUGUAAUGAUGCAAGAAAUAUGGGCUUCCAAUUUGCUGGGAAAGCUGUUUAUACUGCAGUAUGGGUUGCUGCUGUUUCGUUGUUUGUGGAAUUGCUUGGUUUCUCUACCCAAAAGUGGCUUACUGCUGGGGGUCUUGGCACAGUAUUGAUCACCCUUGCUGGUCGUGAGAUAUUUACAAAUUUUCUUUCAAGUGUAAUGAUCCAUGUGACUCGACCAUUUGUUGCAAAUGAAAGGAUUCAAACAAAGAUUGAAGGCUAUGAAGUUUCUGGUUCAGUGGAGCAUAUGGGCUGGUGGUCACCAACAAUCGUAAGAGGUGAUGAUCGUGAAGCAAUUCACAUUCCAAACCACCAAUUUACAAUAAAUGUGGUGAGGAAUCUUAGCCACAAGACUCAUUGGCGCAUCAAGAUGUACCUUGCCAUCAGUCACUUGGAUGUCAAUAAGAUUAAUAAUAUUGUAGCUGAUAUGCGCAAGGUUUUGGCAAAAAAUCCUCAAGUCGAACAGCAAAGGUUGCAUAGAAGAGUAUUUCUGGAAAAUAUCAACACAGAGAAUCAAGCUCUUAUGAUUUUGGUGUCUUGCUUUGUGAAAACCUCACAUUCUAAAGAAUACCUCUGCAUCAAGGAAGCUAUAUUGUUGGAUCUUCUGAGAGUUGUCAGUCACCAUCAGGCUCGACUUGCCACACCCAUCCGCAAAAUUCAGAAAUUUCAUAGUGAGGCUGACAUUGAAAUUCUACCUUUUGCUGAUACCAUCUUCACUGGUCCUAGAGCCACUUGCAACCGACCAUUGCUCUUGAUUGAGCCCUCAUAUAAAAUCAAUGGCGAUGAUAAAGCCAAGGCCUCAACUCGUUCAUCACGCAUGAAUGAAGAAAAAGAUGCCAAGAUUGAAGCAGCCUCAACAUCCAACUCCGAGACAGAUGUCAAGAGUGGAUCUUCUUCAAUUUUUUAUGAGACCAAAACCAAUGAUGAGGUGCCAUCGGCUACAAGCUCCGAUGCCAGCUUAAACUCUAAGGUUUCAGCAGUGUCAACAUCCAAUGCCAAAACUCCAAAUGCAGAGUGUGUGGGUCCAGUCCAAGACUCUGAAAAGCAGCAACUCAAGAAAAAUGCUAUGGAUGGGGUGAAAGAAGUGAAUUCUGUUGACAACAAGCCACCUCUAACUUGCCAAGAAUCUGGCAAGCAAGAUGGUGAGAGACCUAUUGCAUUGUCAUUGGUGUCUAGGCCUGCAUUGGAAGAUAAAAUUGUUUUUGGCAUUGCAUUAGAGGGAUCAAAACGAACGCUGCCAAUUGAGGAAGAAAUGACUCCAUCUAUGUCUGUUACCAAUACAGAGUCAAUGGAAUUGGUUGCCUCACAGAAUGGGAGUGGGUCCGCCCCAGAUGGCACGAAUUCGAAAGAUGAGCAGAAUCCAGCUGUUUCGGCUGCUACACGGAGCAAUCAGCGGCAAAAAGAAAGGUGAUCAAACUUGAUGAGAUAAGAAGUGCCCAUCCAGAAAUGCUUGAAGCUGUGUUUUUUUAAGCUUGCAUUAUGGAAUGCACACUGUUCUCACAAGAUCCCCCGAAAUUGGGAAUAAUUUUAUUUUUUUUUUAGGAAAUAAUUUAUAUUAUCUAAACCUAGGGGAUAGGGGUAUUGGGGGCUUGAACCCGUGAACUGAUGAGUAACCUUACAAAAAUCAUUGUUGAAUUAAGAAUUUGUUGGGCAGAGCAGAAUAGCUUAGGCAAUCAAUGAGAGACCUGAUUCAUGUUUCAAUUGUUCUGAUUCUCUUUAAUGGCUUUCAGUUUCUUUAAUUUAGAUACAUUUUUAGUUGAG